UCGAUUAUUCAUUCAGCGUCGGCGAGAAGUAGCACAGUUUCUUUCUUUGUGUUAAAAAAAAAAACCAAAGCAGGCGAUGUCAUGGUGACACAUUGGAUUUUCCGUUUAUAUACUUAAUUUUCUUCAGUUGAUUUCAUUUCUGUGGUAGAAUGGAGUUUUAUCCAUGUGCACCACCACGUCCCUGAAAAAUGAAAAGUACGUAGUAUAAUGGCAUAUUUUAAGUACAACAAACACAGAGGGCUAUUCGGCGACUCCUCGGGAUUUCUGGUCUUAGGAUUCUGUCUCAACCUGAUUUCCCUGUCGCUGAAUCUCAUUGGAUUUGCUGCGCCUUUCUGGGUAAAAAUUACGUCAUCAACCUCAACGACGUAUAUUUUUGGAUUAUGGCGACUGUGUAAAAAAUCUCCAGUCCUUACUGUUUGUGAAAGUUUCCAGGAUUCGGAAGACUGGUUUUGGUUGAUCCGGGGGACAGCUUCCGUUGGUUUUGGAUCUCUCCUAUUGGUCUCUCUGAUAUUAUUUAUCUAUAUUUUUAUGAUGGAAAAAAGAAACCGGUUAGUCCUCAUCAGCUGUCUAUGUCUAACCGUCAUUGCUGCUGUGUUUAUUUGUAUCACCAUCGUGACAUUCGGUUCUACUAAGAUGGAGGACAUCCUAAACCUUGGAGACGUAGCUCUGUCGGAACACGUACACUUCUCGUACGUGUUGUCUGUCAUCAGUAUGGUCACGUGUUGUGUGGCCGCCAUGUCGCUUGUGUUUGAUAUUAAAUACAAUUAAACGUAUACCUGUG